AUGAAGUUGACGUGCUUGAGCAGCGGUAGCGGCUACCAGUUCCCUCCUUGUCACAUCCUAGAAGAUGUGUGUGGGUUUAGGAUAUUGCUGGACUGCCCACUUGACCUUUCUGCUCUCUCAGUCUUUUCCCCAGUUCCUCCUGAUAAUGACUUUGUAUCGGAUGGAAAAGCCUCGUACGAUUCAGCCCGUGAUUGUUUCGACAAGGAACAGGAGAUUCAGAAGAGGCAGAAAAUUGAAACACCACUUCAUGGGAAAGACUUAAUUCAUGAUGAACUUUGGUACAAAACAGUAAAGAAUUUGCACCUCUGGGACCCUUCUUCGAUUGAUGUUGUGCUGAUAUCAAGUGUCAUGGGAAUGCUUGGAUUACCAUUUCUUACUCGCGCUGAAGGUUUCUCGGCAAAGAUUUAUGCGACUGAUGCAGCAGCAAGGCUGGCGCGGCUUAUGAUGGAGGAUCUUAUCGCUAUGAAUAUGGAAUAUCAGUACUUUUAUGGUCCCAGGGAGUCUGGUGGUCCUCAUUGGAUGAGGUGGGAAGAGCUUGAGUUGCUCCGGCCUGAAUUGAAGAAGGUAGUGGUUGGCAAGGAUGGGACUGAGCUGGGUGGGUGGUUGCCACUUUACAGUUCAGCAGAUGUGAUGGAUUGUAUGCGGAAGGUCCAAACACUUAAAUAUGCAGAAACAGCAUGUUACAACGGAACUUUGGUCUUACAACCAUUCAGCUCAGGUUCAGAGAUAGGAUCUUGUAAUUGGACAAUUGAUGGUCCCAAAAGAAACAUCGCCUGGCUUUCCUGCUCAAUAUUUGCUUCUGCACAUGCGAUGAACUUUGAUUAUGGGGCAUUGAGGGGACGAGAUCUGGUGUUAUAUUCAGAUAAGCAGUUCCUGCCUUUAAUGGACGAAGUUCAAAGCAAUGAUGCUUCUUCAACCAUUCCAUCUAAUGAUUUAUCAAGUCUAAGUAGGUACUGCAGUGCUGAUAAAGAUGAUUGGAAAGAAUUGACUGAGAGCUUACUGAGUACUGACGAGAUUUUAGAAAAAGAGAAAAUGGAUUUUAUUUGCUCAUGCAUUCUCCAGUCUGUUCAAGCUGGUGGUUCAGUCGUUAUACCUUAUAAUCGCCUUGGAAUUCUUCUGCAGCUAUUGGAAAUGAUACCGGUCCUCCUUGAGUCGUUGGCAGCAGAUGUUCCAAUUUACGUUAUAUCUUCGAUGGCUGCUGAACUUUUAGCAUUCACUAACGUCAUACCAGAAUGGGCGAGUAAGCCACGACAAGAAAAGAUGUUUUCUGGUGAGCCAAUGUUCUCCCAUGUCGACCUUGUGAAUAAAAGGAAGCUUCAUGUAUUUUCAGCUAUUCACUCACCUGAACUACUAACCACUUGGCAGGAACCCUGCAUCAUAUUUGCUCCACAUUGGAGUUUAAGACUUGGUCCUGUUGUUCAUUUGCUUCGGCGUUGGAGUGGUGAUGAGAACUCUCUACUCAUCUUGGAGGAUGGGGUUGAUCCUGAUAUUGCCCUUCUCCCUUUCAAACCGCUGGAAAUGAAGGUUCUUCAGUGCUCAUUUCUUCCAGAGAGAAGGCUACCAAAAGUUGACUGUAUGCUGAAGUUACUGCAGCCAAAGAUUUUGGUGCUCCCUGACGAUUUGAAGGAGAAACUGGAUUUCUCAAAUCCCAGUUUGGACUCAUUCUCAGUCCUCUACUACACAGAAGGCGAAACAUUAUCUUUACCAAGCUCCCCUGAAGGAACCCUGGACCUGGAAAUCGCAUCUGUUUUGGCCGAGAGGUUUGCUUGGCAAAACUUGGGAAGGCAGGAUGUAAUGUACACACGAUUGGAAGGAGAGCUAGUUAUGGAGCAAGGCAAAUUUCGGUUAUUACCUGGAAUCACAAGUGCAGAUUCACACCCAUCAAAAAACAAGGAAUGA